GCCUCGCGGUCCCGCCCCGCUCCGCUCCGUCCCGCACCGCCUGGGCACCCGCAGCCUCCGCCCCAGCGCUACUCUGCUCGGCCGAGGGCAGCUCCCUGCCUGUCCCGCCCCGAGCGCUGCGAAGCCCGAAGAUGGCGGCUUACAAACUCCUCCGCAGGCUGAGCCCCGGCAUCUGCCCUCCCGCCGCUCGGGGGGCCCGCGGGGGGAGCGCCCCGGCGCUGCUGGCAGCCCAAGCCAAGAUUUGUGGCUGCUAUUUCUCUACCAGCAGUCAUCGCAACACCAAAUUCUAUACUGAUGCUGUGGAAGCAGUAAAAGACAUACCUGAUGGGGCAACUAUACUUGUUGGUGGUUUUGGAUUGUGUGGAAUUCCAGAGAACCUCAUAGGAGGCUUACUGAAGACUGGAGUAAAAGGGCUAACUGCAGUCAGUAACAAUGCAGGUGUUGACAAUUUUGGACUUGGUCUUUUGCUUCACACUAAGCAGAUAAAACGGAUGGUAUCAUCCUAUGUUGGAGAAAACGCAGAAUUUGAACGACAGUACUUAUCUGGAGAGUUGGAAGUUGAGCUUACACCUCAGGGUACACUUGCUGAGCGAGUCCGUGCAGGAGGGGCAGGCAUUCCAGCAUUUUUCACAAGCACAGGCUAUGGAACAUUGGUACAAGAAGGAGGAGCACCUAUCAAAUACAACAAAGAUGGCAGCAUUGCCAUUGCCAGUCAGCCAAGAGAGGUGAGGGAGUUUGACGGUCGUCACUAUAUUAUGGAGAAGUCAAUUACAGGUGAUUUUGCACUUGUGAAGGCAUGGAAGGCUGAUCGUGCAGGAAACGUUAUCUUCAGGAAAACUGCAAGAAACUUCAACCAACCUAUGUGCAAAGCUGCCAAAACAACUGUAGUAGAGGUAGAAGAAAUUGUUGAUAUAGGAUCAUUUGCCCCGGAAGAUAUUCACAUUCCAAAGAUCUAUGUCCAUCGUCUCAUAAAGGGAGAGAAAUAUGAAAAGAGAAUUGAACGAUUAUCCAUCCGAAAGCCUGAAGACUCAAAAGCCAAACAAAAGAAGGAAGGAGACAGUGUGCGAGAGAGGAUCAUCAGACGAGCAGCUUUAGAGUUUGAAGACGGCAUGUACGCUAAUCUGGGUAUAGGAAUUCCACUGUUGGCCAGCAACUUCAUCAGUCCAGACAUUUCAGUUCACCUGCAGAGUGAAAAUGGAGUCCUGGGCUUGGGUCCUUAUCCACUUGAAAAUGAGGUAGAUCCAGACCUGAUUAAUGCAGGUAAAGAGACAGUCACCGUUCUUCCAGGUUCCUCCUAUUUCUCUAGUGAUGAAUCAUUUGCAAUGAUUAGAGGAGGUCAUGUCGAUUUGACAAUGCUUGGAGCAAUGCAGGUGUCUAAGUAUGGUGAUCUGGCCAACUGGAUGAUACCUGGUAAGAUGGUGAAAGGAAUGGGUGGUGCUAUGGACUUGGUGUCUAGUGCACAAACCAAAGUGGUCGUCACCAUGGAGCACUCAGCCAAGGGCAACGUCCACAAAAUUAUGGAAAAAUGUAAUUUGCCACUUACUGGGAAACAAUGUGUAAAUCGUAUCAUUACGGAGAAGGCUGUGUUUGAUGUGGACAAAGAAAAGGGACUGACCCUGAUUGAAAUCUGGGAAGGACUGUCAUUGGAUGAAAUCAAGAAAAGCACUGGCUGUGACUUUACAGUUUCACCAAAUCUCAUCCCGAUGAAGCAGAUUUCAACCUGAAAAGCAAGCUGAUCUGGACUUGCCAGAGUUCGUGUUUCCAAACAGGAGCUCAGUGAAGAGAAAUCAGUGUCUGUUUUGCAAUUAUACUUUUUUUAAAGGGCUUUUAAAGUAGUUUCCUAGUAGUUAGACUCCAGUUGUGAUAGCUGGGUAUAGCAGUUUCUCGCAUGACAUUGCAGUCCAGUUUUAAUAACAAGGUGAAUUUAAUACCUAAUUUUUUGAUAACCUCAUACUACAACCAUGAUUGUUAAUAAGCGUUGGCUCAAGGAAAUGCCUUGUAGAAGUAGUCUUAUUGCUGAGGACUACAUUUUUUUAAAAGUACAGACCUGUUGUGCGAACAGACAAUGUGCAUGCCAACUUCCAGCUGCCUGUGCAUUUGCUAAAUUUUUAUCAACAAAUUAACCAUUGGAAGUGGAAAUACUGCAAAUGUCGUCAUUCUAAUGCAUGGUGAGGCGUUUGUUGACUUUCUUCUGGGGGAUGAUUGCUGAGCUUGUAGCAAACAUGUAGACCCAUAGAUAUACAUCUGACACAUUGGCUGCCACUUCUCUUUUGCGAAAACUUGGGUCCUCAACCUGUUACAAUAAGUCAAUGGCAAAACUCCCAUUGAAAUCAGGGGAAGCAAUUGGGUCCUUAACCUUGAAUGUGUGAUCAUUUCCCAUGGUGCUAUGUACUGGUGUUAACAAGGAGAGGAUACACCUUCUAGAGUAUGACUCCGGUCCCUUCAAUUUGAAUGAUGAAACCCACAAAUGUGUAACCCAGAAAGGGGCUACUGUGGGAUGGAAACACAAAGGGUCUCUUUCCUCAAACAGGCAAGCUGAUGGCCUUGCAAAGGGAUAUGGGCCUGGGUCACAGAGAGGAAAGAUGCGUGGACAGAUAUAAUGCUGGGUUGUGGGGAGAAGGGUUUAGUGACCAUGGAAGAGUCAAGGAAAGGAGCUCCUUUUCUGAACUGACAUUUUAUCAACUGUUCAAAUUCGGAUUGAGGAAAGUUUUAAAGUGAUAAGCUCCCUGUUUAUCAGCUCUUUCCCCAGGUCUUGCUGAUCCAGAGAGCAAGUAGUGUUUCAGGACCCUCAUGCAUAGAAGCGACUGUCAAGAUGAAAUGCAGUUUCCUUUCCCUGGGUUUCCUAUCCUCCCCACUUGAUAAGGCUUUUCCCUUACCCACUCAAUUACAAAGAGAACUAUUGUUUUUCUAUAUAGUAUAACUCUGAUGACACAGGUCCUUCCUUCGCAGGCCAGUACAGUGUAAUUCCAUUACAUGGGACCCCAAUUCACAAAAGUCCACGUUAACCAAAGUCUAGUACUAGCGCCUGAUGCAGUGGUUUCCUUCCCAAUUUUUCUAAAUAUUUUGGAAGUUCCCAAAAUGAUUUGGUUAAAUGAGGUCCUGUCAUACAUGUGACAUUAACUGUAAGAGUCAGCUGUAUGCCAGGAAGCCAGGCAAAAGAAAAUGAUACAUAAUAUAAGCAACCCAGGCAGAGGGAGAAAGGAAAAACCGAACUUGAGACAGAUGAGGGAGCCUCCCAGUUCAUAAAGUGCUAUUUGCUUCAUAUUGUGAGAAGAGCAGGGGG